AGUGGAAGAAGAGGAUCUGGAGAAAAGGCAGCCCUACAGCUAUAACAGGGCAGAGGUUAAAUCUGUUGGUAUUUUUAUUGCAAGUAUGGUCACUGCACACCCUCUCCCUGAAGGCUUCACUGAAUUAGAGGUGUUUGCCAUCGGCACUGCUCUGCUGGUAGAAGCCCUGCUUGGUUUCUGUCUGAAUGGCUUGACAAUUAUUUCUUUCCGAAAAAUCAAAGAACUCCGAACGCCCAGCAAUCUGCUGGUUCUCAGCAUUGCACUGGCCGACUGUGGGAUCUGCAUCAACGCAUUCAUUGCUGCCUUUUCCAGCUUCCUAAGAUACUGGCCCUAUGGCUCUGAAGGCUGCCAAAUUCAUGGAUUCCAGGGCUUCUUGACAGCACUAGCCAGUAUUAGCUCCAGCGCUGCAGUCGCCUGGGACCGGUAUCAUCACUACUGUACAAGGAGCAAGCUGCAGUGGAGCACAGCCAUCUCCAUGAUGGUGUUUGCGUGGCUGUUUGCUGCCUUUUGGUCCGUGAUGCCCUUGCUGGGGUGGGGAGAAUACGACUAUGAACCCCUCCGAACCUGCUGCACCCUGGACUACAGCAAAGGGGACAGAAACUAUAUCACAUUCCUUUUUGCUCUGUCCAUUUUCAAUUUCAUGAUCCCAGGCUUCAUCAUGAUGAUGGCCUAUCAGUCUGUACACCAGAAGUUCAAGAAAAGUGGGCACUAUAAGUUUAAUACUGGCUUACCAUUGAAGACGCUGGUCAUUUGCUGGGGUCCCUAUUGCCUUUUAUGCUUCUACGCAGCAGUUGAAAAUGUGAUGUUCAUUUCACCAAAAUACCGCAUGAUUCCUGCCGUUAUUGCCAAGACUGUGCCAACAGUGGAUGCCUUCGUAUAUGCCCUGGGGAAUGAGAACUACAGAGGAGGAAUAUGGCAGUUCCUCACAGGACAGAAGAAUGAGAAAGCAGAGGUUGAUAACAAAACUAAAUAACCCAUUACAGCAUUAAGCAAAAUUAAUGCAGGCACAUCACUGAAAGCAAAACGCUAGAGGAAACUGUGCAUUCUCUGGUAUGUAUGUGCAAAGGUGGUUCCACAUUGGAAAGGCUGUGCACUGGCUACAAGCAAAGAAGUACUGAAAGAAUGCCCUCCAGAUAACUGUCCAAACCAUCAUGAGCUGCUUGUCAAACAAGCUGCCUUAAACCUGUAUUGAGUGUCAUCAGUCUCAUUUUAUAUGUCACUGCAAAUAAAUUAUGUGCUGAAA